AUCAGUAAGUACAUCGCUGCAUUAGAUGACCGGCCCAUGGCACGGAAGUUGGAGGCUUUGCUGGGGUCAUUCAAUCGCCAGCUGCACUUGGAUCAGGUGUCGAGCUUGAAGGAGACUCAAAUUACACAGUAUUUUGUAUCACAUACAUAG